AUGGGCCAACUCGGUGACAUCUCGCCUCAGGGCACUAUUGCUAUCGGAAUAUUCGUCGGCCUCUUGUCCACCUCCGUCCAAAGCCUGGGUUUGACCCUCCAGCGAAAGUCGCACCUCAUCGAAGAUGCGAAAGAUCACUCCGAGCCGCGGAUUCCUCCCUAUAAGAGACGGCGAUGGCAGUUAGGCAUGUUGAUGUUCAUCGUGUCCAAUCUGGUGGGCAGCACCAUUCAGAUCACCACGCUGCCUUUACCCGUGCUCUCGACAUUACAGGCUUCCGGGCUUGUCUUCAACACCGCGUUCGCCACGCUUUUGCUGGGCGAACCCUUUACCCAUUUCUCUUUCGUGGGCACAAUCCUUACGUGUUCGGGUGCAGGUUUGAUAGCCACGUUUGGAGCCAUUGGCGAACCGGCGCAUAACCUGCAUCAACUGCUCGUUCUUCUCGGCAAGUGGAAUUUCAUCGUCUGGAUGGUCGGUACAAUGUUGGUGGUAGUGGCCACCAUCCUGUUCGCUCAUGUCUUGAAGAUGUGGUCGUCUCACAAGCGAAUCGUGGAAAGUCUGCCAAAGAGCGAAAGGCCUCGAGAAGGAUCAAACAGCACCGACCGCCCUCGGAUGCUCUCUCGGUCUUUCACCGCUCAACUACCUCAACCGCUGAAACUACGUGUCAGUCGUCUGCGGUUAGCCCGCGGCCUGUCCUAUGCUCUGAUAUCUGGCAUUUUGUCUGCGCAUUCUCUUCUUGUCGCCAAAUCGGCGGUGGAGCUCCUUGUCCGGACCAUUGUCGACCAUAAAAACCAGUUUGACCGAUUCCAGUCGUGGCUCAUACUGGUCGCGCUACUGUUCUUUGCCUUGACGCAGUUAUAUUACUUGCACCUUGGUCUUCGACUAUGCAGUACUAGCGUAUUAUACCCAUUCGUGUUUUGCAUUUACAACAUCAUUGCAAUUCUAGACGGCCUGAUUUAUUUCCAACAAGGAUCGAGAUUGAGUUCUCUUCAUGCGGGGCUGGUGGCGUUGGGUACUGUUAUACUUCUUUCUGGAGUCCUGGCAUUGUCUUGGAGACUGGAUGAUACGACACCUGCAGAGGCGCCAUAUCAGUCGCCUUCUCCACGAACUCCGCUUACACCAGGAAUGGGAAUAUUGCGGUCGCCCGUGGACGAAAGAGCGCCUCUGAUAUCAACAGGACGAGCUAGAAGCCACACGGCUGAUUCACGACGAUCAGCUGAUGAGCAGGCACCGCUAUCUGUUAGCCGUGCUCGCCCGCCCGCGCUUUCAGUUCAUGCACCGCCCGAUACCGACACGGAAGGGAUCUGGGCAGAGUUAGACGACCAGGAGCGGCAGGAUGACUACCUGGCGUCGCUACCUCGAACGCCAUCUCCUUUCCUGACACAUAACUUCAAGACACGUCAAAGAGGCGACUCGGUCUCAUCGCAGGCUAUUUCGACGGGAAGCGGGCGCGACUCGGACUCUUCAAGAGCGGUUCCAACGAAAGAUCAAAAUAUGUCCUCGCAAGGGGCAAAGAAUGUCCAUCGAAGGCGAAGCAGUGCCCCAGGAACUGGUGGUCGCGAGACCACUCAGUCUGGCCUUCAUACUUGUCACAGAAGCACAUCCAUUCGCUUUGCCGACGACAGAAGCCAGGAAGCCGAUGGUAACGACCAAGAUCAAGCUGGACGACAGCCUGUUCGUAGUCGAUAUGAUUACGGGGCCACAGAAGACAAGGCAGAACACGGGCUCUGA